AUGCGAAUUUUUUCAGAAGAGCCGAUAUCGCUGGAAGAGGCGGCGUUGUCCGCACAUGCGAUGGCGCAGCCGAGUCGUAAGAGCUAUGUGCACGGUUGUUCACACAUUCCUUUGCUCUUUGAAACUGUUGGCGAACGGUUACGAAGUGCAGUCGAUCAGGUUCCAAACAAAGAAUUUGUCAUUUUCAAACGAGAAGGUAUUCGACGGACUUACUAUCAGCUGUUGAAAGACGCUGAGCGUCUAGCAUGUGGCCUGAUUCACCUCGGUGUGGAGAAAGGCGAUCGUGUUGGUAUCUGGGGACCGAACACCUACCAAUGGGUGACUGCUCAGUUCGCCACCGCACUCGGUGGAAUGGUCCUGGUCAACAUCAACCCCUCCUACCAAUCUGAAGAAUUGCGAUUUGCUCUUGGUAAAGUCGACAUUAAGGCUUUGAUUACUCCUCCUGGCUUUAAGAAGUCUAACUAUUAUCAAAGUGUCAGGGAUGUGAUUCCGGAAAUCGGACUUAAGCCACCCGGCCGAAGUGAUGUCUCCUCCUCCUGCUUCCCUGUAUUCCGUCACCUGAUUAUCUUCGACCCAGAAGACAAAGCUUACCCCGGCGCAUGGCGGUAUAACGAUGUGAUGAAUAUGGGAACGGCUGACGAUCGAUUAAAGUUAGCAAAAAUCGAACGUGAAAUCCAACCUGACGACCCGAUCAAUAUUCAGUACACCAGUGGGACAACAGGUCAGCCAAAGGGCGCCACAUUGACGCAUCACAAUGUUCUGAACAACGCCUAUUUCAUUGGAAUUCGUGCCGGCUAUCAUGAACAGAAGACGAUCAUCUGUAUUCCAAAUCCACUCUAUCAUUGUUUUGGAUGUGUGCUCGGCGUUUUAGCAGCUCUCACCCAUCUUCAAACAUGUGUCUUCCCUGCCCCAUCCUUUGAAGCGCUGGCAGCACUUCAAGCCGUUGACGAGGAAGGAUGUACAGCCCUCUAUGGUACGCCAACAAUGUUUAUUGAUAUGUUAAAUCACCCUGACUACCACAAAUACAACUAUGAUAGUAUCCGAUCCGGUUUCAUUGCCGGUGCUCCUUGUCCAGUUACGUUAUGUCGGCGUCUGGUAAAUGAGAUGCAUAUGCGUGACAUGCAGGUAUGCUACGGUACAACCGAAACUUCGCCUGUGUCGUUCAUGUCAAUCCGGGAUGAUCCACCCGAGCAGCGUAUCAAGAGUGUGGGGCACAUCAUGGAUCACCUCGAGGCAGCCGUAGUCGACAAACAUGGCAAAAUCCUUCCACGAGGUGAAAAAGGUGAAGUAAUUGUACGUGGAUAUUCGGUAAUGCGAUGCUACUGGAAUAGCGAAGAACAGACGAAAAAAGAAAUCACCGAAGACCGAUGGUAUCAUACGGGUGAUAUUGCUGUGAUGCACGAUAACGGCACGAUCUCGAUUGUUGGUCGUUCAAAAGAUAUGAUCGUCCGAGGUGGUGAAAACAUCUAUCCGACGGAAGUUGAACAGUUCCUCUUUAAACAUCCCAAAAUCCAAGACGCACAUAUAGUCGGCGUUCCUGACGAAAGAUAUGGUGAAUCCGUUUGUGCAUGGAUUCGACUACAUGAGUCUGCUGAGGGUGAGAUUAACGAGGAGCAAAUCAAGAAUUGGUGCAAAGGAAAGAUUGCCCACUUCAAAAUCCCACGCUAUAUCCUGUUCAAGAAGGAGCACGAAUUCCCACUCACGGUUACUGGAAAAGUGAAAAAAUUCGAAAUCAGGGAGCAGUCAAAAAUCGAACUCGGCCUACAACAGGUCGUUUCUCACUUCCAAGAAAUUUGA